AUGGAAUAAUAUUUAUCUUUUAGCAAUUAUACAGAUUUUUGGAAAUUAAUUAUUCGUCCACCCCGUUCUGAAUAUAAAACAUAAUAAUUAGGUCCCAAUAGUUUCACAAUUAAAGGAAUAGAAAUAUAAAGAACUGACAUAUAAAUAAAAAACAAACAAGGAUUGACUUUAUAAUGUUCACAUUUCCAACCUAAAAAACCUAUAUAGCAAUAACUUCCUUGUGUAAUAUAUCUACAUGGCAACAGUUCAAGUAGAUUAGAAAGUUUAUAAUGCAUUAAAUAUUUAUUACCUUAAAACAUUACCUUAUUUAGUUUUGAUUUUGCAGGAUGUGGACUUUCAGAAGGUGAAUAUAUUUCUUUAGGAUGGUAUGAACGUGAUGAUGUAGAAUGCGUUGUUGAUUUUUUAAGGUAAAGUAAUACAGUAUCAACUAUAGGUUUAUGGGGAAGAAGUAUGGGUGCUGUAACUUCUUUAAUGCAUUCCGAUAGAGAUCCAUCUAUAGCAGGAAUUGUUUUAGAUUCACCUUUUUCUAGUUUAAAGAAACUAGCAUAAGAUUUAUGCGAAUAAUACUCAAAGAAAAUCCCAAAAUUUUUAGUUUCAGUUGCUCUAUCUUAUAUAAAAAAUAAAAUAUAAUCUAAAGCUAAGUUUGAUAUAAAUAAUCUAAAUCCUCUUGAAAAUAAUGUAUCUAAAGCCUUUAUUCCUGCAUUUUUUGUUGCCGCAUAAGACGAUACUUUUAUUUAUCCGGAACAUACAAAAUAAUUAUAUGAGGCCUAUGCAGGGGAUAAAAAUCUAAAAAUAGUUGAAGGUGACCAUAAUUCCUCUAGACCAGAAUUCCUGUUAGAUUCGAUUAGUAUUUUCUUUUAUAAUACAUUAUAAGU